UUCUCCCUCUCCCUCUCUGUUUAAAUAAAAAAGUCACCUAGUUUUAUAUUCAAUAUGGCCAACCCGAGGGUCGAGGAACUACCCGACGACGAGCCUAAGAAGGUCUCCGUCGAGGAGCAUGACGACGACGACAGUUCCGAUUCCGAGAUUGAGGUAGGCGACGGUGGUGCUGCGGGCUCUACGGCCGUCGUGCAUUCCCGUAACGAGAAGAAGGCACGAAAGGCUAUUGAGAAGCUCCACCUCACCCGCGUUACCGGCAUCACUCGAGUGACCCUUCGAAGACCCAAGAACAUCCUGUUUGUCAUCAACAACCCGGAAGUUUACAAGUCGCCCAACAGCAACACCUACAUCGUUUUCGGCGAGGCCAAGAUUGAGGACUUGAACUCGGCAGCCCAGCAAGCCGCCGCCCAGUCCCUUGCGGCUCCUGGUGGUGACCACGACCACGCGGGUCACGACCAUAGCCAUGGCGAGCCUAGCAAGGCGGUCGAGGGUGCCGAGGAUAAGAAGGAUGACGACGACGAUGACGAGGAAGUCGAUGCCGAGGGACUUGAGGACAAGGACAUCGAGCUGGUUAUGACUCAAGCCAACGUUAAGCGUAACAAGGCCAUUAAAGCCUUGAAAGAGAACGACAAUGACAUAGUCAAUUCGAUUAUGGCGUUGAGCGUUUAAUGACCGAACCCAGGCACAGAUAAUGUCCAUUUAGGUAUGGAGCAUGGGGGUCUGGAAUUUGGGUUCUUUUUCUUCGGCCAGAUGCAUUGCGACAACGGAAAAUGUAUGCAUGGGGAAAAGGAAUGUCGGCUUGCUGUGUAUUACAGUCUACAAUACCUUACAAUGGAUUCUUAAGCCGUCGUGAAUGUCUACCGCCUCGAGUUCGAUUGUGAUCGAGUGUCCUCCUAUGACCGAAUUCCUUGUGCGAUUG